AUGGGAAUUUGUGCUUCCUGUCUCGGUGGUCGGCGAAACGAGUCGUACGACGAGGACGAUGUGUCGCGACUGCUCUUCGACGAUGCGAACAACAUUCAGUACGGCAGCUUUGGCGAGCACAACCCGAACCCCCAAGCCGAUCCACUCGAGUCGCAACGAGAAGCCGAAGCUCUCCAGAGGGUGGUAGCGCGAACCUCCAAUAAUCUGGUCGAUGUUUUCGAGAUUGCGCCUCAGGAGUCGCAGAGGACGCAUCCGGCCAUGUUCUCGGGCCAAGACGUUCGUCUAGCACAGUACCAGAACAUCUUGUCGAAAUUGUCGCUGGACGAUGGAAGCGCUUUUGCCGAGGGCAAUCAUGGAUUCGUGGAGUGGCUAUUGAACGAGGAUGACACCACAGAACUCCACGGGAAAAGCCCGAGCAUCAAAGAUGGAUCAGGCGAGCCUCUUGUAGGCACAUUUGCAGAUGCGGUCACCGCAGUAGCAUGA